CUUUAUGUUCAAAACCAUACUAGAGUAGGGAGACGAGGGUAUGCAGCUUUAGGUUUAAAAGACGGUAUAACCAACCAACCCAAAGCCACGCCACACAGACUCUUUAGUCAGCUCAGCUCGUGUUGACCUUUCGCCGCUGUAUCAAACAGUUUCGGAGACCCAAGAAAAUGGAUUGCGCCGCUGCCCUUUUGCCUGGCUUUCACCCUAAUUACCUUCUCUGCCCCUCCCGCCAUUUUUCUUCUCUUCUUCCCAAAACCGAUCUCUCUUCUCCUCUCAAGUUUCAGCUCCAAAACAAGCAGCUUUCUUUAGCUUCUUCUCAUGGUUUUUCUCCAGUUAUUUGCAAUGCUACAUUGUCUGAUACUUACAGUGAAACAGUUGAAUUAGCCGACAUAGAUUGGGACAACCUUGGAUUUGGGUUUCUUCCCACUGAUUAUAUGUAUAACAUGAAAUGUGCUCAAGGUGAGAGCUUUUCAAAUGGUGAAUUACAACGAUUUGGGAACAUUGAGUUGAGCCCUUCAGCUGGAGUUUUGAACUAUGGCCAGGGGCUGUUUGAGGGUCUAAAAGCCUACCGGAAAGAAGAUGGAAAUAUACUCCUGUUUCGUCCUGAGGAGAAUGCACUGCGGAUGAGACUGGGUGCCGAACGGAUGUGCAUGCCAUCACCAACCGUUGAUCAAUUUGUGGAUGCUGUAAAGGCUACUGUCUUAGCAAACAAGCGUUGGAUUCCUCCUGUUGGUAAAGGAUCCUUGUAUAUCAGGCCAUUGCUAAUGGGAAGCGGAGCAGUUCUUGGUCUUGCACCUGCUCCUGAGUACACAUUUCUGAUUUACGUUUCGCCUGUUGGAAACUAUUUUAAGGAAGGUGUGGCACCAAUUCAUCUAAUUGUUGAGGAUAAUUUGCACCGUGCAACUCCUGGAGGUACUGGAGGUGUAAAGACUAUAGGAAACUAUGCUGCGGUUCUCAAGGCUCAAUCAGCUGCAAAAGAACAAGGGUAUUCAGAUGUUCUCUACCUUGAUUGUGUACACAAAAAAUAUCUAGAGGAGGUCUCCUCUUGCAACAUUUUUGUCGUGAAGGGUAACCUUAUCUCUACUCCAGCAAUUAAAGGGACGAUCUUACCUGGUAUUACUCGAAAGAGUAUCAUUGAUGUUGCUCGUACCCUGGGAUUUCAGGUUGAGGAGCGUCUUGUGCAUGUUGAUGAGUUACUUGAUGCUGACGAAGUAUUCUGUACGGGAACAGCUGUUGUUGUAUCACCUGUGGGGAGUAUUACUUACCAUGGUGAAAGGGUGCCUUACAAUGAGGGAGGUGUUGGUGCUGUGUCGCAGCAACUCUACUCGGCACUUACCAGAUUACAGAUGGGUCUUAUAAAGGACAAUAUGAAUUGGACCGUUGAGCUGAGCUAAAACAACACGCAUAAGGAUGAGAAAGUUCAAAGCAUAGUCACCUUUGUAGAGGUUUGCAAACUUUCAUUUUCUACUUUAUCUUUGCUAUGUCAAAGACAGACUUAUUAUUCGGUUUGCUUUCAUACUUGGGGAUCUGUAGGUUGCACAUAUAAUAAAACAAUUCAGGUGUUUUCUAGCCAUUACUUGUGCACAAAAGGGUAAUUUUUUUUUGCCCAAUAAAAAAAAUUAUUGGGAAAGAGCUUAUAUUAGCCCCUACUGAAUUUCAGA